AUGGAAUCUCAAUCUCACGAUUCUCCUGCAGCCAUCAAAUCACGUACAUGUUUUUUUAUAACUUCAACCCAAUCGAUGCCACAACAUUUCGCUGUUAGCGAGGGUUCCACUCGUCCUUUUAUCAAAGUUCCAUUUCCGCCAACAGUUGAUCCUCAAAAAUUAAUUACCUCAAAGGCAGACGGAACAUUAUCGCGCUCCCCCAAUGCAUUUAUGAUCUAUCGUAAAGCAUUUGUUGAAGCUGCUAGAGCUGAUGGCUAUAGCCUUCCAAUGACAGUUAUCUCUACAAUGGCCUCAGAACAGUGGGAACAAAAAGAAACCGAAGAAACUCGCGUAUACUACAGAAGACUCGCUAAGGAGGCACGUGAUUAUAGGAAAGAAAAGUGUCAAAGUAAAUCGGCCGGUAAUCGUAAGAAGCGAUCGGGAUGGAAUAUUGUGUCAUUCCGGGAAAACAAAAAAAAUGAGAAGAAAGCACUG